AUACAUAUGCCGACUAGCUCAAGGGUAUUACCCGAAGAUAGAAGGGUGGGAAAGGCAAGACGGAAAGAAUUGAUUAUUAUCUUUCGUGUCCGCUCUUUUUCCUAACGAACAAGAUAUACAAUGAUGUUACCGCCAUCAACAGAUACCAACACCUGCCGUGGCUCGUCCACCGGGGAUCGAUCGUCAUCGGAUGAGAAGAAGCUACCAAGUUUCAGCAGCACCGAAAUUUCAACGAAAAGUCCCCAGUACGAGCCGCAUAAGGAUCGCCGCCACGCAUUGCUAUCUUAUAGUGAAAUUCCAGAAUGGUACCAAGACAAUCCAUACAUCCGGCGGGGCUACCGACCGGUGCUGCAAUCCGUACGGGCCUGUUUCGCUAGUUGGAUGUAUAUACACAAUGAGACGAUGAACAUUUAUACACAUCUGAUCCCGGCAGCAGCGUUACUGGUCACUGGGUUAGCCUACGUUUUUGCCCGUCUACAGCAGCGUAGUAGUGGCGAUGCCGGAGUUGUCGCGGCUCUGUUGCUUUCUGCAGUAGCAUGCCUCGGCCUCUCGAGCGCAUACCAUACCCUGAUGUGUCAUUCGCGUCAGGUUGAAGCACUUUGGCUUCGCUUCGAUUUCGUCGGGAUUAUCCUUUUGAUCUUGGGGUCUUUCGUCUCUGGAAUCUACGUCGGCUUCUGGUGUGAGACGCUGGAGAGGAAGAUUUAUUGGUCCAUGAGUGGAUCACUUGCGGCAGCAUCCAUCGUCAUUGUGGUCGCGCCUAUAUUUCAAGGCCCGCGGUGGCGCACCCUACGUCUACUGACGUUUGUCUGCACAGGGCUAUCCGGCCUGGCACCAAUCAUUCACGGGAUCUGCAUGUUCGGGUUCAGGCAAAUGAUGAAGCAAUCAGGUCUAGCAUAUUAUCUUGCCGAAGGUGGUUUAUUCCUUCUUGGGGCUGUCGUGUACGGUACUAGGUUCCCCGAAAGCGUUAAGCCAGGAACCUUCGAUAUAUUCGGAUCUUCUCAUCAGAUAUUCCACGUGCUCGUGGUCAUGGCUACUGUGGUCCAUCUAGCCGGGGUUCUCGAUGCGCUCGACUAUAACUAUUACAAUCGACAAUGCCUGCCGUGAAGGGCUCAGCAUACCUGUAGUUCGCCAUGGGCCUAGCUAAGCAUCACGUUGCUAAAUAGGGGAAACAUAAAAGGGGUAGAGUGACGAUGGUAAUGAGAUCAUGAAAGGGCUUCCGGUCCCAAUAUAAUAGACCGAAUGCAUUUAGACUAUCAUUUUAAUUCAAAUAGACAUCGGCAAUAAUUUGGCGCGCAACGCUUUCUGAGGAACAACAUUACAGAAUACAGCCAAUACCCAACUACAGAAGCCCAGGAAUCACGACAG